AUGCUUACCACCAGAGAUUCACCAGGCCCCCAUCUUUUGCUGGCUCAAGUGCCUUUGACGGUGUCACCUUUCAUCAAUCUCCCUGCCUCGGUCACGCUCCCUUACACCUACAAGUCCAUCCCAAACAGUCUGCCACAGUCGGUUCUCGUAGAUCCGACAAACCCAGAGGCAAAACCGCGUUACGUCUUUUCCUCCACGGGAGAACAUGCAGCUCACCCAGAUGAGAUCCUAGCGUCAUGCCAAUCACUAGAACAGCACUUGAAGAAGACCAAAACAGAGGCAGAAAAGGCCAUCAAGUCCUGGGAAGAAUCGAUUCGGGAACGAGAACUCGCUGAGAAGCGGCGUGUGGCGCCGGGGUGGUUGGAUCGGGAUGAGAAGUUAUUGCAGCCCAGCAAAGCUGGCUCAAUGUCUGCCACGAGAUCCCAAAAGGCGGGCAGCUUGCUGGACAGCGUUUCUGCCGACCAGGGAUCUUCGAGUCUCCCCGCAAUGGUGCCUCGCGACGAAGGCGAUGAGCUGGACCGGGCCUUUGGCGGGCUGGAUGUGAAAUGA